CUGCAACCAAUACAAGCAAGCAACACUUGAGCCAGAACGCCUAGAAGAGUACAAGAACAACGACGACGACGACGACGACGACGACGACAAUGGCGCGUUUUGUUGGGUCUUGUUCUGCUGCCGCCGUUUAUGGCCUUGGACUGGUGGUGGCGCUGGUGCUGAUCUCGUCGGGACUGGCGAGCGCGCAGAACGCGCAGUGUACGUACCGCCUGUACGAGGCCAACGGCGCGCUGCCGUGCGGCAACGCCGUGUUUUACCCGCCGGAGCAAGCCUGCUGCAACGGCGUCGUGCACAACCGGAACCUGCCCAACGCCGAGCCAUACCGCUGCUGCGGCACGGAGUGGGUGCCGGAUGACCAGUGCUGUGGCGGCAACCCGAUUGUCCCCGAGUCGCCCUUUGAUCCGGUGCGCUGCUGCCGCGGCGUGCAGACGUACGACUCCCUCGUCAGCGUGUGCUGUGCGGACGGCACGACGCUCUCCACGUUUGACCAAGAGUUUGCUUGCUGCCACAACCUGGUGACUGGCGAAAACCAGCUGUACAACACAACCUCGCAGCAGUGCUGUGCCGGCAACGUUUUGGCUUCGCCGGCGGCUGGCACUGCCCGCCUGUGCUGCCGCACAGCGUUCCGCACCUAUGAUCCGUUCAACGAGACGCUGGCUUGCUGCGAGACGCCGACCGGCUCUGAGAUUUACGAUCCAACCACCAGCAUCUGCUGCAGUAGCGGGGUCGUGGCUGUGACCGACACGGCCACAGCUGCGUGCUGCGGUGACCAGACGUACAACACGACGACGCAGGUGUGCUGCGGUAACUCGAACAGCGGCUCAUAUGCCGUCUACACGGAGCGGGACAACCACGUGUGCUGUGGCACUGACUACGUGAACACGGAGCUGAACGUUGCCUGCUGCGGCAACAGGCUGUAUCCGGCAUUCUCCGGCUUUAUCGAGUGCUGUGUGGACCAGGUGUACAACGAGCGCAAGCACAUGUGUGUCCAGGACUUUUGCCGCUACUGCCCGCUCUUGAACCCAGACUGUGACAGCUCUGUCUAUGGCGGCAUGGCGUGAGCGCUGGUUCACUGAGGGAAACAUUGCAUGUCCGAUUGUUUGUGUGUGUUUGAGUGUGUGUGUGUGUCUGUUUGAGUGUGUGUGUGUGUGUGUGUGUGUGUGUGUGUGUGUGUCUGUGUCUGUGUUUGUGUGUGCACCUUUUGUUCGUUUACCUUGCCCCACCUCCCAAUCUCCUCCAAUCCUCCGCUGAGUCUUCCUUCCUUCUUGAGUUCUUUCUCCGUCCGCCGUCGUUUCGUUACAUUACAGGAGGCAACACUUUCCUGGACCCUUCUUGUUCAACCCCUUUAUGUCACCAGUGCUCCCUGCAUGCCAUGUGCGUGUGCGUGUGUGUGUGUGUGUGUGUGUAUCUUCCCAACUCCACCACCACCUCGUUCAGGCGUUCCACGAUGCAUGCAAGCAGCAGAAGAGGGCAGCCAUCUCCGCCUUGCGUUACCGACACCAUAAACUGCACAGUUUUGGCGUGAUGCAAAAUUAAAAUUGUUUUUUGGCUA